GUCUUAUCUAUCUAGUUGUGUGUACAGUGUUGUUGUUUUCUUUUUUGUUGUGUCUCGAACUCAAUUAUUCAAAGUCAAUAUCAACGGUUCAAGAUCAAGUUAACGUGCACCCCAAUUUAAGUCUUUGAUUUUUCUUUGAUUUGUCUUCCCACAGAUCACAACAACGCUCUCACGCACUAGUUUGACCUCUUUGCUGUUUGCACUUUUGGUUCCUCCUCUUCCACCUCACCGAUCCACACAGGUUGGAGACCAGAAAAAAAGGAUAAAAAGUUACCUUUUAUUUAUUUAUUUUGUGUUGGGGAAUGAGAAAAAGUGACCCUUAUAUUUAUAUAACGGUAAUUUGGAAAUGAGUGGUAGUUAGGAGGCUCAGAAAGACUAUCCAGCUGAAUUUUGCAUGUGGGGGUUUCUGUUAAGUCAAGUUUCUUCAAGAUCGUUGUCAAAGUGAGGGAUAGGAAGACCCAGAAGCGCUUUGAGAAAGAUGUUGAUGAAUUUGGAGAGUGGAGGAAAAUGCUAGUAGUGAGUUGUAGAAAAAGAUGUUUCAAUCUUUUUGCUUCUUGCCAUACACUCUUGAGGUCUGCAGUGUCAGGAAAAGUGAGAGAAGGUGAGGACUUCCUGCUAGUUGCUGAACCACAAGAUACAGACUAGCAAUGGAUGAACUAGCUAAUAAAAUUCAAGAUGAAUUUUAUGGUAUAGAUGCAGCUUUUGGAGAACCCUACUCACUGCGGGGGUUCUCAACUAAAGAAAAUGAUGUGCAAGAAAUAUCCCUGCAAGCUUUAACAGAUAUAGACCAUCGCUUAGCCUAUUUUUCGGAGAAGCUGGUGAACUUGCAUGUGCUUUAUAUUUAUCUAUUGGCCGAGGAAAGUGAUCUUGAAGCAAUGGAUUCAACGAAUAACUGCAUCUUGGCCAACUUAUUUGAGAAGGCAAUGACAUUUGAUCUAUUGUCUGGCAUUUUAGAUUCUGAGGUAAGAGAGCUGGACAGUUUCAUGGACACUCUCCAAGAAGAAAUUGUUGAUGCUCGUCAUAAAAUAUUUUCAUGCAAACAUUUGACUGAGGUUUUCUUUAUGAUGGACAAAAAAUUGCAUGACUCUGAAGAGUCUGUGAAGCAGUUUCAACAGCAGUUAUUGGAGUUGAAAAUGCAGUCAUCCCAGUUACAGAAAACCAUUGAGGCUUUUCGACAUGAGAAUUGCGAAGCGGGGAAGGCCUUGAAUUUAUCAGGAAAUGGUCAACUGACAAAUGUGAAAGCAAAAUCCAAUGAACAGAUGGUUGAACAACGAAGAUAUAUUCUGCGAAUGCUUGAGAAAUCUCUAGCAAGGGAACUCGAGCUUGAAAGGAAGUUAGCAGAGUCAAGAAACAAUGAAGACCUAAAGUUGAAACUCCAUUACACAGAACAAGUGGCAUUUUAUAUGGAAGAAGCUGCAGAAGUAGUUUGGGGAAGAUUUCUAGAGGCAGACAAUACCACAGAGGUGUUAAUGGGGAUUUCUAAAGGUAUAAUGGGACGCCUUCAAGUAACUGAGUUCAACCUCAAUGGUUCUAUGCAACGAGAAAAUGAGCUGAGAUCAAAAGUUCAAAUUUUGAUAGAUCAACUCAAGGCUAAAGAUGCUGCUUUAGAGAAGCUUGAGAAAUGUAAUGUUGAGAGUGUUAAGGAAAAAUCUGAGGUGUUGGCUUUAAGGGAAAAGGUGAAAUUUCUUGAGGAAGAGCAAAAAGAAUUUGAGCUUCAGAUAAAUAAUGUGACUGCAGAGAAUGAAGCAUGUCACGAACACCUAAUUGAAAUGGAAAAUUUUGUUGACUCUUUGAAAGAAAGCAUUGACAUAGCAGAAAAUCGGGCUGAGAGUGCAGAAGCAAAGGUUACACAGUUAACUGAGACCAACUUGGAACUUACUGAAGAGGUGAGUUUUCUUAAAGGGAGUGCCAGUACUGCAGAGAAAAAGGUUGGUUCACUUGAGAAGCAACUAAGGGAAUUAGAUAUCCAACUACAAAAUGCAAAGGCAUCUUCUGAAGCAAGUCAAGAACAGCAGAACAUGUUAUACACAGCUAUAUGGGAUAUGGAAAUAUUGAUUGAAGAGCUAAAAUCAAAGGUUGCAAAAGCUGAAACUAAUAAAGAAAGUGCUGCAGAGCAAUGCUUUGUGCUGUCUGAAACUAACUUGGAACUUAAUAAAGAAUUGGAUCUCCUUAGGUCCAGAACAGUAAGCUUGAAAACAUCUUUGGAUCAAGCUAGCAAUACAAGAUCAUCAAGGGCAAAAGAAAUUGAUUGUAAAGCUAAGCUUAUCAUGGAUAUGGUAAUGCAACUAGCCUCUGAAAGAGAGCGCAUCAAUAACCAGUUACAUGCUUUAAAACAGGAAAAUAAACAUUUGGUAGAAAAGUUAAAGAAUACUAAAAUUGAUGCCUCUUUAGAUGCAUCCAACAAUGGACUAAAUAACAGAAAUGAAGAUCAAGCUUCCAACAAUGACUCGAGCAAUGAUAACUCUGCUAAAUCAUCAGAUGAAGAAGGAAUAGAUCACUUUAAUAAGACAUUUCAGGUGGAUGAAGAAGGUGCAAGCUCCGUAACUCGAGUAACAUCAUCUAUUUCAGCAGAUAAGCCUGCAAAUUGGAGAAACUUGACAUUUCUUUCAGUAGCAAUGUUUGUCCCACUGAUUUCUGUGCUAGCCUUCUGGUGGUUUGACAAAGGAAACAUUUUUCUUUCCAAAAGCUUUUGAUUGCUAAGUUAUGACCUAGCAUAUAGAAAAAUUUGCUGUUUGUGCAGUUGUGCUUCCCUCAAGUCCUUAGCUUAUGUAUUGUUAUUGUAUAUUCAUGUGAUCUUAGGUGGUUGUAAGCUAAUAUUAUAAUUGAAUUGGAGGUGUGUUUCUAUCAUGAGUGCUGAACAAAUGUAGAGUUUUGUGUUUGAUAAAGGUGCAAAUGAUGAAGAUAUAUGCU